AGAGAGAGAGAGAGAGAGAGUAAUGUCAUCCAAUACAGAGAAAACGUACUUGGAAGUGUUGGGCCUUUGCUGUGCCACAGAAGUUGCGUUGGUCGAGAAGAUCCUGAGGCAGCUCGAUGGGAUCAACGACAUCUCGAUCAUCAUCCCGACAAAAACGGUCAUCGUCCUCCAUGACCCUCUAAUCGUUUCUCAGUCCACGCUCGUUGAGGCACUAAAUAAAGCGAGAUUGGAAGCUAGCAUUAAACAUCGGGGCAAGAUUGAUUCGGCGAUGAAAUGGCCAUCGCCGGCACUGAUUGUUUGCGGGUUGUUGUUCGGUUUGUCAUUUCUUCAGUACGUUUAUCAGCCACUUAAAUGGCUGGCUCUGGCUGCUGUUGUAAUUGGCCUUCCGUCGAUUGCAUGGAGGAGCUACGCCUCCAUCAAGCAUCUCACUCUAAAUAUCUACGUUCUCAUUCUGAUUUCAGUGAUAGGAACACUCGCCUUGCAAGAUUACUGGGAAGCUGCUUCCAUAGUCUUCCUGUUUUCCAUUGCUCAGUGGCUCGAGUUGAGGGCUAGUCACAAGGCUAUGGCAACCAUGUCAUCAUUGGCAAGCAUGACUCCAGAAAAAGCUGUUAUAGCCGAGACUGGAGAGUCCGUUGAUGUCAACGAUGUGAAAAUGGGCACAGUACUUUCAGUAAAGGCUGGUGAAGCCGUACCAAUUGAUGGAAUUGUUGUGGAUGGGAAAUGCGACGUGGAUGAGAAAAUGUUGACGGGGGAAUCAUACCCUGUUGCCAAGAGUAUCGAUUCCACAGUUUGGGCAGGCUCUAUCAAUUUAAAUGGCUAUAUUAGUGUAAGAACCACGGCUUUGGCCACAGAUUCCGUGGUGGCCCGAAUGGCUACACUAGUCGAGGAGGCUCAUAAGGAAAAGACUCAUACGCAAGGCCUCAUAGACAAAUGUGCGAAAUACUAUAUUCCAGGAAUUGCUCUGGUGUCUGCUUGUAUUGCUGCGGUUCCUGCUGCACUGAAGCUUAAGAAUGAACACCACUGGUUUCACUUGGCAAUAGUUGUUCUGAUCGGCGCAUGUCCUUGUGCACUCAUCCUUUCUACACCCAUCACAUUCUUCUGCGCACUUUCAAGGGCUGCAAAAGAUGGGCUUUUGUUUAAAGGAGGUGGGUUUCUUGAAAUUCUGGCAAAGGUUAAAACCGUGGCUUUUGACAAAACAGGGACAGUGACAAGAGGAGAGUUUGUGGUGACCAACUUCCAAUCAGAUUGCAAUAACAUUGACCUUAACGCUUUGCUCUACUGGGUAUCGAGCAUCGAGAGUAAAUCAAGCCAUCCAAUGUCAGCUGCAAUAAUUGAUUAUGCCAAUUCUUUCUCUAUUGAGCCAAAGCCUGAAGAGGUAGAGUAUUUUCAAAAUUUUCCUGGGGAAGGAAUUUAUGGUCAAAUCAACGGUAAAAGCAUCUAUAUUGGGAACCGGAGAAUCGGUCUAAGGGCUGGCUGUGAAACAGCAAGCGGCAUUGAAACAGACACAAAUGGAUUCAUAUACAUUGGACAAAGCCCGGUGGGAAAGUUCAGUCUCUCUGAUGCUUGUAGAACUGGGUCGAUGGAGGCCAUUAAUGAUGUUAAAUCACUAGGCAUCAAAACCGCCAUGCUCACAGGUGAUAGCCAAGCUGCAGCCAGGUCCACACAGAAUCAGCUCAACAAUGCUCUGGACAUUGUAUGUGCAGAACUCUUGCCCGAAAACAAGGUAAGAAUAAUAGAAGACUUCAAGAAAGAUGGACCAACUGCAAUGAUCGGUGACGGAGUAAAUGAUGCUCCUGCAUUAGCCACGGCUGACGUAGGCAUCUCGAUGGGGAUUUCUGGUUCAGCCCUGGCAAUGGAGACGGCUGAUGUGAUUCUCAUGUCGAAUGACAUUCGAAAGAUCCCAGAAGCUAUUAAACUCGCCAGGUGGACCUUCAGGAAGCUCGUCGAGAACAUCCUUAUAUCUGUAUCUCUGAAGUGCGCAGUCCUCGGAUUGGCCUUUGCUGGGUACCCAUUGGUUUGGGCCGCAGUUCUCACAGACGUGGGCACAUGUUUGAUCGUGAUUCUCAACAGCAUGCAUCGUCUAAACGCAACCCCAAACCAAGAAAAGAAGUUCUUAAGAUCCAUGAAUGGUCUCUUCUCGCCAAACUCACGCGAGAAGAAUAAAGUUGGUUGCGCAGUGCAAAGUCUGAACAAUGAUAAUGAACAUUGCAGCGGCUGCUGCUCUGCCAUGGCAAAUCAAGAUGCAACGUUGUCAUUGAACACACUCGGUGAUGCUUGUUCUGAAUCGAAAUUUAGCCCACAGAAAGAAGAUAUGUCAAUGAACCUUGAAGGACCUACUUGCAAGCCAACAACGCAGCCUACAGUAAACCUGUCUGCAUUUGGAGAGAUUGAGUCUGUUACAGACCAACCGAAAAACCACUAUGGCUCAAGUUGCGGUUGCCCAUCAGUUAGAUCUGUUAAAUCAGUAAGUAAGUGCGAGUCAUCCUACUGUUUACCUGUCAAACACAUAGAGGGAAGGUCACAAUGUGCUUCUGGCUGUUGUCCUCAAAGUUCGGAAAUUCACGAGGAUGAAAGGAAGCUGAAUUUACGAAGUGACGCGUCACGGUUGUUCAGCAGUGCACCGGAUGCUGGUAAUACUGAAUCUGUAGCUCAAAGUGUACCCGGUAAUUUCAAAGAUGAAGAAAUUAUCGAGCACUGCAACUUAGUUGGAGCAAAAUGCUGUGUUGAGGCUGUAGCAAUCGAAAUUACUCCAGUGAAGAUGAGCCCUGGCGGGUGCUGCAAGGAAUCAGACAACAAAUGUUUCAGCAGACUCGAGCAACAUGAUGCAGGCAGCGGAAGCAGCAUGCCUAGAAUAGUCAUAGAAUAGACCCUUCUUAAAUGCUGUCAGACAAUAAUAAGAUUCUCAGUUUGGUUUAGUCAAGCUACACAUCCAUAUGUAAAUCUCGUCGUGCUUAGCUUCAACUGCUGUUGGUCUGGGAAUAAAUGAUCUUUGGUAGGAUUUGUUGAGAAGA